AUGGACGUACACCCAACCCAUCUGGCCGUCAUGGUCGCUGGUGGUCUGCUUGCUGCACUGGUGUACACUGUCACUCAUCGACUGUUCUUCCACCCACUGGCCAAAGUCCCUGGACCUGUUCUCGUUGGAAUCAGCACAUUGUACGAAAUGUACUACGAACUUUGGUUGCCAGGUCAAUACCAUUCCAGAAUCAGAGACUUGCACGCCAAGUAUGGGCCCAUCAUACGACCUGUUCCUGAGGAGGUUCACAUCAACGACCCGGAGUUUCUGGGCACGAUAUAUGCUCUCAGAAAUCGGAACAAUCCCAACAAGUUUGGGCUGAUGGUUGAUCAGAGCGUUGCUGGGGCUGAGGACUUUUACUUGCACAAGAUGAGAAGGGAUGCGCUUAAUCCUUAUUUUAGUCAAAAGUCGGUCUUAUCGAUGGAAUACUUGAUUGUGGAGAAGAGAGAGCAGGUGACUAGGCAUGUUGAGAGUGCGUUGAAGUCGGGCCAGCCACUGAACCUUUCAGAUGUGUAUUUCGCUUUCGCGAAUGACCUUGUGCGCAACUUCUGCUUUGGAUCAAAUAAUGGGUUGAUGAAUAGACUACCAGAGGCGAAGGUCGAGAGUAACAAUCUCAUGAGGUUUUUGACAGGUGUGAAGAUCAACAAGCACUUUCCGUGGAUUGGGAGAGGGCUCAGUAAGCUGGGAGGGUUUGCGGUUCCGCCAGCUGUCAUGGACUUGAUAGAAUUCAAGGCAGCAGCUGGCAAGGACAUCGAGGCAGUACUGGCGGAUACGCACAAUGACAGGAAGGGUCGUCAUUCCGUAUUCUAUGAGCUUCGCGAUAGCGAGACCCUCCCGCCUGAGGAGAAGACGCUGCCACGACUCCAGGAUGAAGCCACGAUCCUCGUCAUGGCUGGAACGGAGUCCACGGCAAAGUCCUUGGGGUAUGGAUCUUUCUAUCUGCUCCAUUAUCCUACAACACUCCAAAAUUUGCGAGAUGAGCUACACGAAGCACGUAGCAGAUCUGACCACGAUACGCUUUCACUCACCGAGCUGCUGCAACUUCCGUACCUGAACGCAGUGAUACUAGAGACCAAUCGCCUCACCUUUGGCGUCACAAACCGCAUGACCCGGUCCUCUCCCACCGAAAGCUUGACCUACACAGCCAGCUACGGUCCCAACAAAGGGCAGACCUACGUUUUCCCGCCUGGAACGGAAAUGUCAUGCAUAACAUACGGCACCCACAUGAACGAAGAGCUCUUCCCCGACCCACCACAUUCGACCCGGAGCGAUGGAUUGGAGAUGGUGAAGAUGUGA